AUGUCCACAUUGAAGCCACUCGAAUUCGCCUUCGAGACGCUAUGUUGCCCCGUUUGUGCGACUACUUAUUCAACCCAACCGGAGAGCUCGAAUUACCCGUUGAUGUUGAGUUGCGGUUUCCCGAUGUGCUCUUUCUGUUUUGGACGAGAGCAGGAGAAAGUGAUGGGAACUGAGGAGGAAAAUGAUGGAAAUGAAAUGAUCGAUUUCAUUCACACUCAACAAUGCCCACAGCCACCCAUUCAAUGCUUUGAGACUUCACAAUCUGCUACAAUUGUCACUGAUCUGAUCGCCGAUUUGAUGGAAUUCAGUCUAAUCGGUGCCCCGGGGGCUAAACCGACGGCAAAUGAUUUAACAUCGCUCAUUUGCCCGGAUUGUCUUUGUUCAUUUGACAGCGAAUCAAUGGGCCCAUCGAUGCCGCAAAUUCUGGAGUGCGCGCACGCGGUUUGCGGGGAUUGUAUGAUGAGAAAGAAAUUUCAAAAGAAAACAAAAUCGUAUCCUUUUUUCGUUUACGAGUACAAAUGCACAAAAUGCGGCCAAUCGAGUCCAUCAAAUGGACCAGCGAAAGCACAAAAGAGGAAUUUUCUCACAGAGUUUCUGUUGGAAUUGAGUGGACCAAGGACGAGAAAUGUGUCAGAAUGUAGUCAAGGGACAACAACAACUGGAUCGUCGAUUCAAUCCGAUGAUCGGGCAAUCGCUUUCCAUCGAACUCCAUCGUUCACUCAAUUCACCGAUGGAUUAGAUACCCAAAUGAUCUCACCAUUCUCAUCUCAUCAUUCACUUCCACUUCCAAGAACGUCAUCCAAAUUGAAAUCUAUGAAAAAGAUGAUCACACCACAAAUGGAGGAUUUCUAUCGAAAAUUGGAACGACAAAAAGAGAUGGAUCAAGUAUUGAGUAAACAGAAAAAACGACAAAUGGCUGAAUUCAUCGAAUUGCAAAAUUGGCGUGAACAGCAACAAAGAGAGAAAAACGAGUUGAAACGAGAGGAACGAAAAAUGAAAGAACAACGGCAACGAGUCAGAGAGGAAAUGAAAGCAAUCGGCGAAGAAUGGAAUCAAAUCGGCGAAGAAAGGCGAAUGUUGGAGAGAGAAAGGAAAUGGAUGCACGAUCAGAAGGCAAAAGCUGAACAACAAAGACAAAAACUUUCCGCGAUGUUGUCAAUUCACGAAGAACAACAAGAGAAACUCCAUCAGCUAAUCAUUGAACAACAUCACCUUGUUGAGGAAAGAUUGAAGAAUUUGGAGAUCAAAAAGAAACAGUUACAGGACUCAGAAUCUCUCGUCGAUCAACUCGAGAAGCUUAGCUGCAAAGGAUCGAUGGAAUCGCUGUCUCAAUCAAUUCUUCAAGAUCUCCCGGACAGUCCCCCGUUUGGACUUCCAUUAGAAUUGUGGACGAAUUUCGACGUCGCUUCAUGGGGUCGCGGAGUGACGGAGAGUGAUUUAGUGGGAAGGAUUUUAGUCCGAGAAAAGGUCGAUGGGGCAACACUCACGUGCAUUUCACUACAAGAGAUCAAAGAUGAUCUCAAAAUCCCGCUCGGUGACGCGAAAAAGUUGUGGACGGCAAAGGAGAAAUUGGAGAUGAAAAAAAUGGAGCAAUCAAUCGAAAUAAAAGCCGAAAUGACGGAUGAAUUGCUAGUGAUCGAUCAAAUGGAACAAAAAACAUCGAAUGGACCGAUCAAUUGGUGCAGAAAUAGUUUGAGGAAAAGUUUAAUGAGGAAGAAAAAGGCGAACUCG